AAACGCGUAGAGUUUCGGUCACCGAUUCCGACGGAUUUAUCCAACUCAAUCAGUACAAACUGAAAGAUGAGAUUGGGAAAGGUUCCUAUGGAAUCGUGAAAUUGGCCUAUAACGAAGAAGAUGACAUUCAUUAUGCCAUGAAGAUUCUAUCUAAGAAACGGUUGAUGAAGAAGGCUGGAUUCUUCAAGCGAAUCCCACCGAAGCGUGACGGGAAGCCCACAUCGCGACUACCGAACCCGCUGGAGCAAGUGUACAGAGAGAUAGCAAUACUGAAAAAACUCGACCACCCGAAUGUAGUGAGGCUGGUCGAAGUACUUGAUGACCCUGAUGAGGACAACCUCUAUGUGGUGUUUGAACUGUUGGAGAGAGGAGAAGUGGUCAGCAUCCCUACGGACACUCCGUUGUCACAGGAACAGGCAUGGCAGUACUUCCGAGACAUCGUCUUGGGUAUAGAAUAUCUUCAUUUCCAGAAAAUAAUUCACAGAGACAUAAAGCCUUCCAAUUUACUGCUUGGAGAUGAUGGACACCUAAAGAUUGCAGAUUUUGGGGUCAGUAAUGAGUUCACGGGAGGAGACGCGUUUUUCACAAGCACAUCGGGAACUCCAGCCUUCCAAGCCCCAGAAACUUUAAAAGAGGAAAGAGAAGAAUACAGUGGCAAGGCCCUGGAUAUUUGGGCUAUGGGUGUGACACUUCAUUGUUUUGUUUAUGGUCAAUGUCCAUUCCAUGAUGAAUAUAUUCUCCUCCUCCAUAAGAAGAUUCUCAGAGAUCCAGUAAUUUUCCCAGAUGAGCCAGAAAUUGAUGAUGACUUAAAAGGACUCAUCCUACGAAUGCUGGACAAAAACCCUGAAACCCGUAUCACAUUACCUGAAAUUAAGAUCCAUCCGUGGGUAACUAAAGAUGGUACUGAACCAUUGCCAAGUGAAGAGGAGAACUGCGUGUUAAUAACCGUGACAGAAGAGGAAGUUGAAAACGUAGUGAAACACGUUCCACGUUUGGAAACCUUGGAAGACGUCCGCAGAUUCAGUUAUUGGCGGAACUCUUAGUGAAGACAGCUAGAUGGAUGCCACUGGACACAGUGGGACAGAGAGAAAGAGAGGGGUGUGUACUGUGAGGAGUGGUGGUGGCGGUAGUGGUGUUGGUGGUGGACAAGGAGAAAAGGUUAUGGGAGACAGCAACUUUUCAGUCGUGUCUUGUGGCGGGGCAUGGCAUCAGAUUGGCUGAGGUUUUAGAUCAGAGGUUCUCAACAUGGGUGGUACCACUCCGCCUCCCUGCAAGGUGAUGCUGGUGAUAUUGAAGGGAAUGUUAAGCUUUAGGGGUCAGCCGGAUAACAUAAUUGACAUACUAAAUUUUACCUAUAGUAGUAAAUAUAUUAUACUUGUUAAAGUUAGUAAUGGUUGUUGAAAUAAAAUAAGAAAUAAGUAGUGUGCUGCUGCUGCUAGCAGGUCAAGCAACUUUGUAGAGGUAGACUCUGCCCUGUUGCUUGACAUAAUAUAGAAAAUUUGGUGAGAUCUCAUCAGGCACAAGGAUGUCAUUAAUUUGCAAUGUAUAAAGUAUAUUUACACCUUUUGUCUUUUCAGUUGUGAUACUUCACCUGCUAUUUAGCUGGACACUACUUGAAAGUGGGACGCAACAAAAAAAGACAGAGAGAGAGAGAGAGGGUGUGGUGGAGGGGGAGAAUCAUAUGAAAAUGUCUGAUGUCAAAUAAGUCAGCAUUUGUUCAGUAGUGUCAAAUAGGCAGCAUCAAACUUUUCAUACUCAGCUCUUCCUUUCUUUUUUUUUUUUACAUUUUUUUCUGGAGUUUGAUAAAAUAAAAGAAUUCCCCCUCCACUCCACCACCACCAACACCACAACCUCCCACCCCGUCCCCCCAGUUGAGGAAGAUGGUUGGGUGGGCAGAAUUGUUUGAGCGCUAGACAGACAAAAACAGGCGUUAUGGUUUUGUUGUGAGCCUUCACACUGAGUUCACGCCACCACCACCCACCACCACUACCACCAUUACUACAACCACUACUACAACCACCACUGCUGCUACUGUUACAGUUACUACAACCACAAGAACUGCUGUUGCGAUCACCACCACUACCACACAACUACUACAGUUGCUGCUACACCUCAUGCUGUGACCACUACAACAACUACUGCUGCUGAAACUACAACUACUACUACUACUACUACUACUACUACUAUAACUGCUGCAAUCACGACUACCACCUCUGUUACUACUGCUGAUGCAACAGCUUGUCAAGCGACAAUAGCGACCAAAACUGACCACCACUACCACCACCAGCACUAUCAUAACCACUUCAACCGCCACGGCUACAAACCAACAUCACCACUCAGCAACCAUUUACUAACACCUCUACAACAACCACAGGUACCACUGCCAUCACCACCACCACCACCACCACCACCACCACCGUCCUCCACUACCAUCACCGCCCCACUAUAUCACCACCACCACCACAACAACAACCACCGCCAACACCACCACCAAUACCACCACUACAA